CUGAUUUGAUUUACAGAGUAAACGUCAAAUGUUCCUCCAUGGUUUGAAUGAAAAUCAGUGUUCGCCUAAUAAUCAGAGUUCGCACACAUUUUUCUUUUCAUUUCGGGAGAGUAACUGACAGAAAGUAAAAUAUGAUGACAGAAGUGGGCGAGACGGUAGCAGCCGAAGUCGGCAUACAACCCGAUUCGCUGGAAAGGGAAAUCGAUAUAGAUUUUUCAAAGGCAGCGCAGGAUCUAGCCGAAGGUUUACUGGCGGUCUAUUCUCCACCUUUAGAACAGAUUAAGAAAGAGUUGCACGAAUUAACAGAGAAGCAAGAGACACUGCUUAGUCAGAUGAGAAUCGAAAACAAGAAGCUGCAAGACACGUUAGACAAUGUGCAAUUGAACGAGCUAUUCUCAAUGAUCAAAAUCUACCAAGUGAAGCUUACAGCAAUAAAGAAAGAGAUGACUGCAAUUCAUGAAAGGACAUUCAGAUUAAAAAAACGUGCAUUACGAUUACAACACAUAAAACAAAAAGAAGCAUUAAGUCGAGAACAACAUCGGGAGCAAGAAAUUCGUAGAGAACAAGAACUCAUCGGCAAAGCGACGCUAUCCCACUCAGCACCCGGAAAACCUAUAUAAGUAUAUACAUAUAAGAAUGUCAUUGUAAUAGAACAAACAAUCAUUGUUGUAAGGAUCUUAUCACCAUUUAUACAUAUUGAUAAAGAUUGUAUACACUAUAAAAAUAAUAGGGUUUAUGUCAAUUACUGACAUUAAUUGUACUUGAUACAUGAAAUAAUAAAAAAAGAUUUAUUAGUACAAGCUA